GUAGGAUUUAUAGUGAACACUCUAGCUCUCUACCUCUUCUACAAGAUGGGAAAACAGAAGCCAUACUACAUUGUCAUUGUGUUUGAAACCUUUACCGACCGUGGUGUGCCUGACGGCUCUUACAGUGCUUGUUUCUUACUCUCCGGAAGAGACGACUGGUUCCAAUCCCUGUCACCGCUGUGUUGAGAUAGCAGAAUGGUAUGGAACUGGAACAUGGUCAUCACACCCCUCCUCCUCAGUGUAGCUGGACUGAUGAGGCUACAUGCUGUCUACUAUCCGCACAGUGCUUCCUUGACAGGAACAGUAGACUGGUGGUUGGACUUUGUGUUAUCGCAUAUAUCUACGGAGUUGCUUACGCUUUCUUUCCGUACUACUUCGACAAUUUCAAAUACGAAUUCAAAAAUGUUCGAAGUAACUGUGACUUUGUACUCGAUGCAGAGGGAGAUAAUGCUGAAGAGAUCGGAUCAUUAUAUUUUGCACUGAUGGGGCCUAUUCCAAUGUUUCUGUCCCUCCUUCUUAUCAUAGUUACCAACUCAGUUAUUGUCAUCUAUAUUAUGAAGCGUUAUAAGUCGUCAUGGAAUCGAAAAAAGUCCAGAAAGUCCAGAAAGCAAGGUAGCUUUGGAAGCUUCAUUAUAAAUAUGGACCAGAAAGUUCAAAGCAAGCAAGUUAUAGUAUCACUAUUGAUGAUGACCGGAUGGUACAUGAUGUGUUACUCUAUCAUUAUAUUCUGUAACUUCAAGAAUUUCUUUAGCUACUGGAGAGCAUACUAACACUGACAUCGGAGUGACUGAACAAAGCUCCACCUAUUUCUACGCUACCUACAACUUCUUAGCCUACCUCAACUCGUUUGUAAACCCCUUUAUUCUAUUAACGACGGGGAGUAGCUUUAGACAGGAACUCGGCAGACUUUCUCUCAGAAUUAGAAAUAAAUGUGGUCUGAUCAGUCAUAAAGAAUCCAGAGCAGCAAGCCUACAAGACACUAAUAAUGCAACGCUGAGGAGGACAAGCUUGCCUCUGAUUCAGGAACAAGGGGAAAUUUAGGAA